AUGGACCAUAGUGAGAUCGGAACUCCGUGGCGGCCAGAUUUGACAGCGACCCCGCUGAUGAAGGAGCUCGCGGAGGCUCUCAAGUCGGAGCUCAAGACGAACGCCAAGGUGACGAUCCCGUUCAAGAUGUUGGACGCUCUCGAGGAUCACGACGCCGACGAGCCAGGCGCGCCCGUACACGGGACGGAGCUGAUGACGAUCGGGAAGUAUGCCGAGGCAGGGGUGGUCAAGAGCUUUGCGGCAAUCUACGUGGAGGACAAGGGCUACACCCAGUGGAUCAGAAAGUUCGUGACGACGACGAAGCCGAACUCAAAGGGCCAGGCACAGACGACACCCAUGAUGAAGAUGCUGCCGAUCGAGAAUCCCAUGUACAUCGACCCCGCGAAGAGCAAGAACAAGGCAUCGAGGGCAAAGAUGCAAGCCUCCACUUCCAACGAUGGCUAUGACUGGAUCGUCAGUCAUGAGAGCCAGCAAAACUGGCAUAUGAGCGGGGCGGAUCCGGAUGGCAUUUCUUCUGUGCUAACUAGGAGUGAGAAGCAGCUGCGGAGGGUCGGAUUGGGGUUGAUUGGUGAUAGGAUGUUUGUGUGCACCAUGCCCCGGCAAUUGCGUGACAUGUGCGUAGGCAUGUGCCAGGACAGCAGUGGCGGCUUGUUUGCGAUUGAAUUAGAUUUGCAGACCAUGUGGAUCACCAAACGUGCUCAGGUGCUGGAGAGAGUGAAGAAAGCGGAGAGUGAGAAGGAAAGCGAAAGUGACAUGAAGAAGUGUCAUGAGAAUCUUGGUCAUCCUUCACGUGCGCGCAUGAGCAUGCUUGUGAUGAAGGCACACAAUGUUGUCACCAAGAUUCGACGGGCUACGGAGUUCAAUCAGCAAAUGUGCGUGACUUUCGAAAUCAUGGUGCGGGGAAGCAAGCUGUAUUUCCUGAACAUCGUGGAUGAAGGGACGUCGUAUCAGUUGUGUGUUCCGUUGUGGAAGGAAGGAAACAGGUUCGGAAUGCGCAUCGCAAGGCAUGGAAACGAUGGGCUGGAUCACCAACACGGGUGUUCACUGACGGUGGGCCAGAGUUUGAAGCUGAGCAAGGGGCAAGCCUUGACGGCAGCUUUGGCGAUAAAGCUGCAGCCCAUGCUCCAUGGCAAAACGGGCUUGCAGAACGUCGAGGCGGAGUUUGGGUUGGUGCAGGGUGAGUCCAUCUUUGACAAGCGGAUGGCCUCAGGCAUGAGAGAGAGGGCCAUUUGUGGCCGGGUGAGUGCCAGAGGUGCAGGCACACAUGACUUGUCCCAGCAGGAGCGACCUCCAGCAGCAUGGAAUGUCGAUAAUGAUGUGUCUGAUGAGGUGCCAAGGAUAGCCGAAGCACCGGCGCAUGUUGCUGCUGGUGUGGAUGCAGGAGAUACGGUGAUGGAGGAGGCUGAGCCAGGAGUUGCGAGACAGGAAGGAGCAGAGGAGCUUUUGAGCGUGAGCGUGCAGCCAGCUGUGGACGCAGGAAGUGACUCGCCGAAAAAGACGUUGCGUGUUGACAAUGUGGUGAUCAAGCUCACUCAAGCCCUGAGUCUUGAUGGUGUAAGGGAGUGGAAGAAGCUCCUGGACAGCGAUGCAAUUGUCGUUCACAAAAGAAGGCAGGCGGAAGGUGCGAAUCACUUGGACACGUCAGGACUUAAAGCUGGAUGGUGUAUCAGAGGGUACCUGGAUCCCGCCCUUCUUGAGUUGGACACGAUUGCACCUACGUUGGAGUUGCAGAUUGCCGACGUGGAAGGAGCAUUCUUGAGAGGCGACAAGCUGGAUGCUUCACGUGGAAGGUUGUUCAUUGAUAUGCCGCGUGGUGGUGUUGAGGGUUAUGAUGACGACGGCGUGAUCGAGGCCAUCAAGACGGUGUAUGGUCUGGCAGAUGCACCUAAGGCCUGGUGA